AUGGCGUUCACCUUCGCCGCGUUCUGCUACAUGCUCACCCUGGUGCUGUGCGCCUCCCUCAUCUUCUUUGUCAUCUGGCACAUCAUAGCCUUUGACGAGCUGCGGACUGACUUCAAGAACCCCAUCGACCAGGGGAACCCAGCGCGGGCACGCGAGCGUUUAAAAAACAUCGAACGCAUCUGCUGCCUCCUGAGGAAGCUGGUGGUCCCAGAAUACUCCAUCCACGGCCUCUUCUGUCUGAUGUUUCUGUGUGCAGCAGAGUGGGUGACCCUGGGCCUCAACAUCCCCCUCCUCUUCUACCACCUCUGGAGGUACUUCCACCGCCCUGCGGAUGGCUCUGAGGUCAUGUAUGAUGCGGUCUCCAUCAUGAAUGCUGACAUCCUCAACUACUGCCAGAAGGAGUCCUGGUGCAAACUCGCCUUCUACCUGCUCUCCUUCUUCUAUUACCUGUACAGUAUGGUUUAUACGUUGGUGAGUUUCUAAGGGGGAAGCCGGCCAGGGAGCGAGCCCAGAACGGACCGGACGCCUGUGCACCCCCAGCCCUGCCCCUGGGCCACAGAGGCCUCAGCCCUGGGGAGGGAGGGGGCACUGGUGCCCCCAGUCUCCUCUCCAUCCCCCAAACUGCUGCUGCGGGGACUUCCCGCCUUCAGAGCCCCCUCCCCUUGGACUAGGGCUGGCAGAGCUCUCAAUAGGGGCACGAGCUCCUCUGCCGGCCUGUGGACAUGGCAGGCAGUCCUGGAAAGGGCGGGACCUCCGGCCUUGUCCACUUCAGGGGGAAUUUAGGCCCUGCCAAGGGGCAGGGCUUGACCCUGGAAGUUCUGGGCCACCCCCCCUAGCCCCCCACCCUGAGGAUCCCCCUGCGGGUGGGGCAGUACCCACACCGGGAAUGAGCAGGCUCAGCAGGGGGGCAGCCCCACCCCUAGUCUGCCCUCUCCCCUCCCCCAGGCUCUCUCUCCAGACCCCUCCCUGUCCCCACUUGCCCCAAUCCCAGUCUACCCCGUCUCUUGGACCUAUUUUCUAUGUUGCCUGGAGGAGUCCGGCACCCC